UUUAAUUUAGGUUAUUUGGGGUGGUUGAUAGUUUAGUGUAAUCUAAUAAAAUGCUAAUUUUAACAAAGAAUAGUGCUCAAUAUUAAAAAGAACAAUUACCGACGUUUGUUUAGAAACGUUGUCUGAAACCACAUACGAUCAGUAUAAUAAAUACAAUUUAAUUGCAAUGGCUACUUAUAUAUUAGCAAAAUGUGGUUCUCUGCGAAUGACACCUAUUAUGGUUUAUACACAAGUACGGACCACCACCUCAAAACACUACAACCCUAAGUUUAAGAAACAUAGAGCUCAGAAAUACUUGAAGGUUGAUUUGCCUAAUUUCAAUGAAGACACAGAGUCUCUGUCACGAGAGAAAAUGAGGCAGAAGAUGAAGGAGAAAGGGAUAAUGCCACCCAGACCAUGGAUGGAGAGGCCAUUUUAUAUUUCAGCAACAGGAGGCGUAUUUGAACCAUAUGUGCCCCCAGAAGGUGAUGGUAAGGCAUCGUUAGUUUCUGCAACCCGUGCCAAACAAGCUGUUGAGCUUCUAGAAAAGAAGUCCAAAUCUAUGAUGGCAAUACGCAAAGUCAAAUCAUUUGAAGAAGACUUUGAUAGCAAACAGUUCCCAGCUUUUGCACAGAAUAUUUACAUAAAAGCACAUGAAUGUUUAGCGAAUGGUGAUAGACUGGGACUACGGCAGUAUGUUACAGAAAAAGCGUAUCCUGAGUUUAGACAUAAUUCCUUUUACAAAACAAUUCAUUGGAAAUUUCUGGAUUCGUUGGAGCCACCGCGUGUUGUCCACGCCAGAUGUACUGACGUUAUUAGUAAAGAAAAUAUCUUUGGGCAGUUGACAGUACGUUUUCACACACGGCAACAGCUUGCCGUGUAUGACCGUUUCGGCCGCUUACUCCAUGGCAGCGAGAUCCUCGCGAAAGAUGUUCUUGAGUAUGUGGUCUUUGAAAAGCAUCUAUCAAAUUUAUAUGGCACUUGGCGGAUCCAUGAUAAAAUAAUACCGGAUUGGUCACCACCCAAAGAACCCUCCAAGCUGACCAGGAUCAUGCCAGAGCCGGAACCGGAGCCAGAGCCGACUGAAGUCCAAGCUAUAGCCGAUAAAUAGUUAUUAAUGUUAAAGAAUUAAAUUAUAUAAACUAUU